GUUGCGCUGUCAUGGCGUAAUUUCCCUUGGUCUUCUUUGAAAAACACAAGUAUUGUUAAAAAGUGAAGUUUUCUGAAAAUUCUGUGCAAAGCAAUUUAAAAAAUUAAUUCGAAGGAGAACGCGGGCAUUAUUGUUGACUAGAGCAAAAAGUUCGCGUAAUAUAAAAUGAGUGAAUUCUUUAAAUCUGCAAUGGGCUACUUCAAUACAGCCCCAAACCCGAAUACAGUGGCAGAUUCUGUCCUUGGAAAUUCUGGCAGCGUGUCUCCUAGUGAAAACAUAACGACAAACGAGUUCUGUGGCCAAGUUGUUGAGGUAGCAGGUCAAAAGCUCGGUGUAAAGCGUGUUAUUGCAGAAGGCGGUUUUGCAUUUGUAUAUGUCGCUCAAGAUGUUCAGACGGGAAAAGAAUACGCCCUCAAACGUCUCAUUGGCACUGAUAAGCAAGCUUGCAAUGCUAUCAUUAAUGAAAUUAACACACACAAACAGCUUUCUGGUCAUCCAAAUAUUGUUGCAUUUGUUGGAGCAGCAUUUGUUGAUAAAACAACUGGACCUCAACAGCGUGCUGAAUACUUGCUAUUAACGGAGCUUUGUAAUGGAGGAUCGCUUAUAGAUUGCUUGAAUGCAUCACUAGAACCUGCUUUGGUGCUACGUGUUUUCUACCAAGCCUGUCGAGCAGUGGCUCAUAUGCACAGUCAGUCUCCACCUAUGACACAUCGCGAUAUUAAGAUUGAAAACUUUCUAAUUGGAAAUGAUAAACUACUUAAACUUUGUGACUUUGGAUCAGCAACUAAAGACACAUAUGCCCCGACUGUUGAUUGGGGAGCUAAACAACGAAAUCUUCUGGAGGAUAAGCUCAGCUCUGUUACAACACCAAUGUAUCGUGCACCUGAAAUGUUGGACACCUGGUCAAAUUAUGAAAUUGGUAUAAAGGUGGAUGUUUGGGCUUUGGGUUGCGUAUUAUAUGCUUUAUGUUUUCAAAAACAUCCUUUUGAAGAUUCAGCUAAAUUGCGGAUCGUAAAUGGGAACUAUAUUUUACCUACCGAUCCUCGUUUUCACUGUUUUCAUGAAAUAAUCAAAGGGUGUCUAACUGUGAAUCCAGCGCAUCGCUUUAAUAUAUCGACGGUUCUAGAACGUCUGGCAUCUAUAGCGGAAACAAAAAAUUGGUCGCUGAAAAGUGGUCUUGAAUUACGCGGUAAGCCUAUAGAAUCUCCCCAGCCCAGUACUCCCGUGAACGGUACAAAUACACCUCACCUUAGUGGUGGCAAUGGCACACCAGCAUCUGGAGUUGUAGAGAACAUGGGUAAAUCGAUGUUUUAUUUGGAUGACCCAUCAGGACCAAAUUCGCAGCCAGUCAGUAUUCAUCAAGCGAACCAACAUCAAAACAAUAAUCCGACAAGUGCACAAUCGGGAAAUACUGUCACUUCUAAUAGUAGUUUGUUUUCGUCGUUGCGCGGUGGGGCAGGAAGUUUUCUAAAAAACCUUAAAGAUACUUCAUCUAAGGUAAUGCAAACGAUGCAACAAACUAUCGCGCGAACUGACUUAGAUAUCAGCUAUAUAACAUCGCGUAUUCUUGUGAUGCCUUGUCCGUCAGAAGGGUUCGAAUCUGCUUAUAAAACUAAUAAUAUUGAGGAUGUGCGAUUAUCAAUUGAAAGUCGCUUUCCACCUCAAACAGUGAGCAUAUAUAACUUUGGCCAAAGCAACUGCCCUCGAUUACCACCACCUGUGCGUACUGUCGAAGUUGGCUCUAUAUAUAUUUGCAUGCAGGCGCAUUCACCCAGCUUGCAAGGCAUGUUUUCAGUUGUCGAAGACAUGUACAGCUUUUUAGCCGCGGAUCCUAAAUCUGUUGUUAUUAUACAAACGAACGACUCAGGUGGUUGUUCUGCCGCAACGAUAGUUGCCGCGCUUCUUAUGUAUGCGAACUUAAUUCAUGAACCCGAAGACGCUGUCCAAGUUUUCGCUGUAAAACGUCACCCCAUUAACCUUAGACCAUCGGAAUUUCGUUAUUUAUAUUAUUUUGGCGAUGUUUUGCGUCCAACACCAUUGUUACCGCAUUACAAAAGUAUCAACUUAGUAUCUUUGUGUUGCCAACCCGUGCCCCGUAUGACCAAAGCACGUGAUGGAUCUCGCAUUUACAUGGAAGUCUACUGCAAUGAUCGACUAGUGCUCAGCACUUUGCAGGACUACGAAAAGAUGAGGCUGUAUUUAGCAGGACCGGGAAAAAUUAUGUUGCCCAUAAAUCUAACGGUUUGUGGAGAUCUGAUAGUGGUGCUUUAUCAUGCGCGGAAUGCACUUAAAGGCAUGGUGCGUCCUCAGAGUUUGAAGAUUUGUCAAUUUCAAAUCAACACGGGCUUCAUACCGGAACAAGAAACAUUGAUAACAUUUUCCUCGAAUGAUCUCGAUGAUUUACCGGAUGCCGAUCAGGUUCCUCAUGACUUUUCGGUUUCGCUGUCGUUGAGUUUCACAGAUAACGAAUGCCCGCCGAGUAGGAAUCCUCCUUGGUUACCAGCAAAGCCCAUAAGAAACGCACAACAUAUAUUUAGUUCACAAUUAGAAUUCGAGGAAAUGGUGGAUAAUUUCGUGACAAAACCUAGUUCCAUUAACAAACCUACGCCUGUUAAGUCAGUUGCUUCGGUAGAUAAUGUACCCAAACUAUUGCGUUCUGAUUCAACGCCUAUUUUACCUGAUGUUACCGAAAUAAAGCAAGAGGAUCAAGAGGAUGUACCUCGAAUCCAACCUCAACCAUCACCACCAAUAGACUUGCUUAAUUUAAACCAGCCCCAACCCCAGCUGCCGGUGCAAGAUCCACAAGCCACGGUUAUGCCUACGAGUGACGCUAGUUUCGAUUUGCUUGGAGCAUUCGGGGAUGAUAAUUCAUCUGGCAUCGGCUCGGCUCCAAUACCUGAUAUUUUAGAAAUUAAUGUACAACCUACUUCAAAUGCCAACCUUGAUGAUAUCUUCGGCUCAGUUGCUUCACCGGCGCCGAAAAUCAACCUGGAGUUUAAUAGUUUCUCUGUACACCAGCCGACACCAACUAGUGUAAACACUUCAGCGACGACUAAAGUAACCCCAACCUCAGCAACUGGUACUUACUUUGGCUCAGUGCCUACAUUCAACACGAAUCCCAGCAAGGAACCAUCACCACAAAAUCCCAAAGAUCCAUUUGCUGACAUUGCCAAUUUAGCCUCUGGUCUCAAUAUCAACUUCAACCCACACACGUUAGGCAGUAAAUCAACAGGUGCUACACCCAUCGGAAAUAGCCCAUAUACUACACAAUUCUCGAGUCCAACACACAACGCCAGCAGUGUGCGAACACCACAGUCACAGCAACCGGCUGCUACUGUCUCGCCGAAUCAUAUAACGUCUCCAAGUGGGGUAGGGGGUUUUGGUGCAUCCUUUGCAGCUGGUCCUACAACAUUUUCAUCGUCUUCAAGCCAAAACACAAAUCGGCCAUCACCACAAACUACUGUUGCAUCGGGGGGAUCAACUACCCAGUCGAAUAGACCAGACUAUAGUCGAUCGAAUUUCGACACACCUAAAUCGGGGCAAAACGCCGGCGCACAAGCAAAAAAUGCAGACAUUUUUGCCGACAUACUAGGAGAACAAGGCUAUAGGUUUGGCAGUAAAAUGAAUCAAGGCCCGCGGUCCAUUAACGAAAUGCGUAAGGAGGAUCUCAUUAAAGAAAUGGAUCCAGAAAAAGUAAAAAUCAUAGAAUGGACUGAAGGCAAAAAGAACAACAUAAGAGCACUCUUAUGUUCUAUGCACACAGUGCUUUGGACGGAUGCAAAAUGGACUAAAUGUGAAAUGUCUACGCUCAUUUCGCCGGCAGAUGUGAAAAAAUCUUAUAGACGUGCAUGUCUGGCUGUACACCCAGAUAAGCACAACGGCACAGAAAAUGAGAGCAUAGCUAAAUUAAUAUUUAUUGAGCUAAACAAUGCAUGGACUGAUUUUGAGAAUGACACAACGCAGCAAAAUUUAUUUACCACAUAAAAUGUGAAAUUUUAAACGCACUACCCAGCGUAAUGAUACCUUCUUUCAGUCCUGCGGAAAACCAAUCUUUAGUUGCUUUGGAUAAAUUAGUUAAAAUAGGAAUAUGUACAAUUCAAUUACAUAGUUGAUAUGUGAGUAUGUAUAAUUUUUUUAUUAACUAGCUUUUAAAUGACUGGUAUAUGUAAUUCGAGACGCCAUUAACUGUAAGUUUCGCAUAGUAAUAUUAUACCGGUUGUAUUCUUUUGUAUACCUACAUACAUACAUAUUAUUUGAAACAAAAAUUCUAAAAGAUAAUAGCCAAUGUAUUUGAUUCUUUUUUCAAAUGGUCUGAUAUAUUUACUUAAUUGCUUUACUAAGAAAAUGCCUUAAAUAGUUAAUUUUUUUACAUAAACUUAUUUCCUUCCCUACUGAUUAAAAAUCAAAAGGAAUAUUCCCACCAUACUCUUGAGUGCUAGAACGACAGUCGUUCGUUUAUGAAACUCAAUUCAAUUUAAGAGAUUGGAUGUAUUUAAUUUUAGUUGUUGAAUUUAGCUAAUGAUAAACGCGAGGAUCUAUAUCUAAGGCAAGCAGUAUUAAAAAAUUUUAAUUGGUUUGUAUUUUUUUGCUAAAAUAGGAGCUCUGCCCAUUCGAUUCAAAAAUGUUAUUUGAAAAACAAAAA